GGCACGGGCGCCAUUUUGUCAAAAGCCGAAGCAAACGCGGUGCGCAUUGGUUAUAAACGUGUGCUUGGUAGAGUUAAAUAUUCCUUUGCAUGGGUGUUUAGUGUUUACUUUAUAACAAACACAAAUAAAUGGUGUAAAAGGUUGACGCUUGUGUAAUUUUAUAAUCAUGUCACGGUACGGUGAUUGUAAAAUAUACGUCGGUGAUCUAGGCAACAACGCUAGUAAACCGGAACUUGAAGAUGCUUUUUCUUACUAUGGUCCCUUAAGAAAUGUCUGGGUAGCUAGAAAUCCGCCAGGAUUUGCUUUUGUUGAGUUUGAAGAUCCUCGCGAUGCUGAAGAUGCGAUACGAGGCUUAGAUGGGCGUACAAUCUGUGGCCGGAGGGCUCGAGUAGAGCUGUCCAACGGUGGCCGAGGAUACAGUGGACGAGGUCCGCCACCUCGCUCUAGACUUCCUCCUCGUCCCUAUGAUGACCGCUGCUAUGACUGUGGAGACCGUGGUCAUUAUGCCAGAGACUGCAGCCGUCGUCGUAGACGCAGCCGCUCCAGGUCUCGACUUCGCACGCGUUCGCGUUCGCCAAGAUCCAGGUCCAGGUCUCGCAGCCGCUCCCGUUCUCGGUCCCGUGAUAGAUCUCGCUCCAAGGGAAGAUCUGCAUCUAGAUCAAGAUCUCGAUCAGCUUCUAAAAGCUCGAAGAAAUCCAAUUAAUUCAAAAUUUUAUUUAACACUUCAAACCUGAUAACAUCUUAGUUAUGAUGUUAAAUCUUAGUUUAACACUUGAAGUUCUAUCAUUCCUGUGUAUUGAUUUUUAAGGUACAAAGUCACGAUUAUUAUAAAUAUAAAACAAUAAAUAAAUUUUGCUUUU